CACCAUUUGGGUGUGUUUACAUUGUGGACAUCAGGGCUGUGAUAGGAAUUCGUAUGAAAAGCAUGCAUUGAAGCAUUAUGAAACACCAAGAUCCAGUAGUCACUGUAUUGUUGUCAAUACUUCAACAUGGUCAACAUGGUGCUAUAAAUGUGAUGAUGGUUUCCCAAUAGAGAAGAAUAAAAAAGUGCAAGAAUGUAUAGACCACCUCCGUAAACUCUCUGGUCCUCCUCUUGAACAGUAUAGUCUUCCUCGUAAACAGUCUUGUCUUCCUCGUGAACAGUCUGGUCUUCCUCGUGAACCGUUUAGUCUUCAUUGUACACAGUCUAGUCUUCCUUGUGAACAGUCUGGUCUUCCUCUUAUAGAAUCAGGUAACAGAAACAUCAGUUGUAAUAAUGAUCAGACCUUAUAUGGAAAACAAAUCCCUCCAUGUGAUAAACUAGAUCCAAAAUGGGAUGGAGAAUUCAAUGUGCAAUAUAAACAAGUUUCAAAGAGCAUGCAAUCUGGUAGUACAAGUCUUCAUUAUUCAAUGGACAACUCAACAAAUAUUCUAUGUGGGAUAUGUGACGCCCAGCAUAUCACGAAAACAGCAAAUUUCUGGUGCACGGAGUGUGACGAUGGUCUCUGUAUUGAAUGUAACAGCCAUCAUAGUUUUUCCAAAGCAAGUCGACUUCAUGGCGUUAUUUCGAUAGAGGAUUACAGAAAAUUGUCCACUUAUAUUUCAAACAUAGUGCAAAACUGCAUGGAACAUGAGAAAAAACUUCAAAUAUUCUUUCCACAUCACGAUCAACUCUGUUGUCAUUUAUGCCUUUCAACAAGUCACAAAGAUUGUACGGGGAUGUUACCCAUUGAGGAAAUGGCGAAAACUUGUAAAUCUAGAGGUUUGUUGGAAAGUUUGCAAAAAUCACUAGAAGACUUGAAAAACAGCAUCGAUAGAGUAGUUCAAGAUAGACAAACAAAUAUUACUAAAAUUCAAGAACAAAGACAAAACAUUGACGCUUGCAUCAAACAGUUACGCGAAAGAAUUAAUUCACAUUUUGAUAAACUAGAACAAGAGAUUAUAAAAGAAUUGAACACAUCUGAGUGUGCUGUGAAGACCAAAAUUGAGGAUCUGUUAGAAGAACUUGAAGAUAAAUCAGAAAGUAUAGCAGUGUUACAAAAUAACAUUUCACAUCUUAAGAAUCAUGCAUCCGACUUACAAACAUUGAUAGUUAGUAAAGAACUAGAGAAAAAUAUCGUGUCUGAAGAGGCCUAUGUUCAGUCCUUAUCAGACGAUGAACGUUUGAAACAGCUUUCCAUGAAAUGUUCUCAUAAUGAGGGGAUUGAAAAUUUACUACAAAGCAUCACGCCAUUUGGCAUGUUUGGAUCGAUAUCAAUUGAAUCUAGUCGACCAUCUGUUGAUAUCAAAUUUGAAAAGAAUAAACAUGCUCAGAUAAUGUCUGCCAGCUUGAUUCCAAAAUCUGUCGACAAUGUACACGCAACAUUAUUGCGAAAAUUUCAAAUGCCUAAGGGGGUUAGUACUGAGUAUAACAUAACUGGUUGUGCAAUUUUUCCUAAUGGAAAAUGUAUUUUUUCAGACUGUGAUAAAAAUAAACGACUGGUGAUAUUCAACGCCGAUGGUUCUUUGGAUUGUGAGAUACCUCUUUCAGAAUUCAAGCCAUUUGAUAUAGUUUGUAUUGAUGACACGACAAUAGCAUUCACAGUGUGGCAUUAUUCUGAUAUUUAUAUUUUUGACAUCAAGUUAAAUAAAUAUCAAAAACAAAAUCAAAGCAAACUAUCCCUGCUUUGGUGUUGCACUUAAGGAUACGAUGAUGUAUUAUUGCACCGAAGCUAGUGUUGCAGUUGUAAACAUAAAAGACGGUAAUUCGUCUACUAUCGUGAAGUUAGACUCUUCAACGAACGGUUGGAGAUAUAUUGCAUCAUCUGGCGAGUCAGUUUAUUUUACAGACAGUAACAACAAUUCAGUGUCCUGCUUUAGUGUUCAAGGCGAGAAACUUUGGGAAUUUAAGGACGAAAUUCGCAAAGGUACCAGUGGCAUAGCUAUUGAUAAAUAUGGUAUUUUAUAUAUCGCGUUUAAAGAAAAACACUCCGUUGUUGCAAUAUCACCUGACGGAAAGAGAGUAGUAGAUGUUCUGGGUUUUAAGGAUGGUAUUGAAACGCCUUACAAACUUUUUUAUGAUAAUGAAAGGGACUUGUUGCUGGUUGCAGGCUGUUCUGGGAAUUGUGCUUUAUUUGAAAUUACAUAAACGUGUUAGUGUAUGUCUUUUUAAUAAAGAGUUUAUUUCUUCA